AUGAUAGGGAUACAGUUAUGUGGGAAAGCAAUUGAAGAGGCUAAAUAAGCAGCAGCUGCUGAGGCUUAGGCGGUAGCUGAAGCAGAAAAGGCAAAAAAGGGAGAUAAGGAAUAAAUAUAUUUAUAAUAAAUGGCAUUUGAUAAAGCACUUGUCACGAAAUUCACAACACUUGGAGUCGUAGGAAUCACAAUAGGACUAGCAGUCUGGGGAUUCUUCACUCCUCUUUGCCCUGACGAAACAUGUAUAGAUACAGUGAUCAAUAAUGUCUUUAUUUGCUUCAAUUUGAGUUUACUAUCAAUGGUUUUGUUGCCUUCUGAAUUCUAAGUAAAAUGGAUACAAGAUGGAUUUGGGUUGAUAGACAACUUAUUUGGUAGAGGUCUCUACAUUUUCUUCAUUGGAUCAUGGGUCUUUGGUUUACAUACCAGGUAUAUUGAAAGUGGAAUAAGAACAUAUUCCUUAGUUGUUGCAAUUCUAGAUUUAUGUGUUGGCGUACUUUACGUGAUAUUUUAUUUUGCAUUUGGAGAAUCAGCAUAACCAAAAUGAAUUAGUAUAUUUCAUUUUAUUAAACAUUAAUCAUUUCUUAUUCAAA